GAUUGGGUUAGAUGCUGCGAAGAUUUUUUUUUUUUUUUUCAAGUUAGGAAGAGGGUAAAAAGACAGCCUGGGGGGAAAAGGCAAACAGUGCAUCCCCAAAUCCUCACACUUUUGCUCUCCUGGCAGCCAGUUGCUUUGCUGGCUUCUGCAGGCUUUUAAGGUCUCCCGGCGUAGAAAUGCCUGCCCCCCACCCCCUUCCUUGGUCUCCCCUUUCAGUUCAGAUGUGCUGAUGUGCAGACCGGAUUCAUCUUCCCGGAGCGGCGGCGGCAGCGGGCGCAGAAGGCGGCAGCUCGCGUUCGGCCCCGGGGUCCUGACAGCGGCGGGGGCGCGGCGCCGGAGCCCGAGCUCGGGUGGCAGCUGAGCCCGCGGGGCGCCGCUCGGCGAGCCGCGGCCGCGAGAAGUUCUGCCAUCAGAAGGAGGACCUGGCAGGCUGCGAGCGCCCGCGCCGCCGGAGCUGAGUUGGUCCGCAGCUGCCCCUGCCCGCUUCCCGGAGCCGAGCCUCCUUACCUGCCCUCCGCCCACCCGCGGGCCCUCAGCCAACUUCCCCCUGCAACUGGGGGUGACAGGCAGCGCUUGCCCUCUUUACUGUCCCGACGGCAUCCGCAUGUCUCCGGACACCUGAACACCCUGGUCCGGCGAGGAACCUCCCAGUGGGGAGAAGAGCACCGGUCCCCCUGGCCCCGCACAUCCACGCGGACCGCAGCGCCUACCCUCCCGGUCGCGUCCCCUCCUUUUCCUCUGGGGGAGGAGGAUGGGGUUGGAAACGCUUUCCCCGAGGAUGCUUGUGUGGCUAGUGGCCUCGGGGGUUCUUUUCCACGGGGAGUUUGGGGUCUGCGCUGGCCUCGAUUACGAUUACACUUUUGAUGGGAACGAAGAAGAUAAAACGGAGACUAUAGAUUACAAGGACCCGUGUAAAGCCGCUGUAUUUUGGGGCGAUAUUGCCUUAGAUGAUGAAGACUUAAAUAUCUUUCAAAUAGAUAGGACAAUUGACCUGACACAGAACCCCUUUGGAAAACUUGGACAUACCACAGGUGGACUUGGUGACCAUGGUAUGUCAAAGAAAUGAGGGGCCCUCUAUCAACUCAUAGACAGGAUAAGAAGAAUUGGCUCUGGCUUGGAGCAAAACACCACAGUUAAGGGAAAAGUACCUCUAAAAUUCUCAGGGCAAAAUGAGAAAAAUCGAGUUCCCAGAGCUGCUACAUCAAGAACUGAAAGAAUAUGGCCUGGAGGUGUUAUUCCUUAUGUUAUAGGAGGCAACUUUACUGGCAGCCAGAGAGCCAUGUUCAAGCAGGCCAUGAGGCACUGGGAAAAGCACACCUGUGUGACAUUCAUUGAAAGAGGUGAUGAAGAGAGUUACAUUGUAUUCACCUACAGGCCUUGUGGAUGCUGCUCCUACGUAGGUCGGAGGGGAAAUGGACCCCAGGCAAUCUCUAUUGGAAAGAACUGUGAUAAGUUUGGGAUCGUUGUUCAUGAACUGGGCCACGUGAUCGGCUUUUGGCAUGAGCACACAAGACCAGAUCGAGACAACCACGUAACCAUCAUAAGAGAAAACAUUCAGCCAGGUCAAGAAUACAAUUUUCUGAAGAUGGAGCCUGGAGAAGUAAACUCCCUUGGUGAAAGAUACGAUUUUGACAGUAUCAUGCACUAUGCCAGGAACACCUUCUCAAGGGGGAUGUUCCUGGAUACCAUUCUCCCCAACCGUGAUGAUAAUGGCAUACGUCCGGCAAUUGGUCAGCGAACCCGAUUAAGCAAAGGAGAUAUUGCACAGGCAAGAAAGCUGUAUAGAUGUCCAGCAUGUGGAGAAACUCUCCAAGAAUCCAAUGGCAACCUUUCCUCUCCAGGAUUUCCAAAUGGCUACCCUUCUUACACACACUGCAUCUGGAGAGUUUCUGUGACCCCAGGGGAAAAGAUUGUCUUAAAUUUUACCACAAUGGACCUAUACAAGAGUAGUUUGUGUUGGUAUGACUACAUUGAAGUAAGAGAUGGGUACUGGAGGAAGUCACCUCUCCUUGGUAGAUUCUGUGGGGACAAGGUGCCUGAAGUUCUUACCUCUACAGACAGCAGAAUGUGGAUUGAGUUCCGUAGCAGCAGUAACUGGGUAGGAAAAGGGUUUGCAGCUGUCUAUGAAGCUAUCUGUGGAGGUGAGAUACGCAGAAAUGAAGGGCAGAUUCAGUCUCCUAAUUACCCUGAUGACUAUCGUCCGAUGAAAGAGUGUGUGUGGAAAAUAACGGUGUCUGAGGGCUACCAUGUCGGACUGACCUUUCAGGCCUUUGAGAUUGAAAGACAUGACAACUGUGCCUAUGACUACCUAGAAGUUCGAGAUGGAAACAGCGAUAAUAGCCCUGUGAUAGGUCGUUUCUGUGGUUAUGAUAAACCUGAAGACAUAAGAUCUACCUCCAAUACCUUGUGGAUGAAAUUCGUUUCUGACGGAACUGUGAAUAAGGCAGGGUUUGCUGCUAACUUUUUCAAAGAGGAGGACGAGUGUGCCAAACCUGACCGAGGAGGCUGUGAGCAGCGCUGUCUGAACACUCUGGGCAGCUACCAGUGCGCCUGCGAGCCUGGCUACGAACUGGGGCCUGACCGGAGAAGCUGCGAGGCGGCUUGUGGAGGACUUCUAUCCAAGCUCAAUGGCACCAUCACUACCCCUGGCUGGCCUAAAGAGUACCCUCCCAACAAAAAUUGUGUGUGGCAAGUGGUUGCACCAACUCAAUACAGAAUUUCUAUGAAGUUUGAGUUUUUUGAAUUAGAAGGGAAUGAAGUAUGCAAAUACGAUUAUGUGGAGAUCUGGAGUGGUCUAUCCUCUGACUCUAAACUGCAUGGCAAAUUCUGUGGCGCAGAAGUGCCGGAAGUGAUCACAUCCCAGUACAACAACAUGAGGAUUGAGUUCAAAUCUGACAAUACCGUAUCCAAGAAAGGCUUCAAAGCACAUUUUUUCUCAGACAAAGAUGAAUGUUCUAAGGAUAAUGGUGGGUGUCAGCAGGAAUGCAUCAACACGGUGGGAAGCUACAUGUGUCAGUGCCGUAAUGGAUUUGUGCUGCAUGAGAAUAAACAUGACUGCAAGGAAGCUGAGUGUGAACAGAAGAUCCACAGCCCAAGUGGCCUCAUCACCAGUCCCAACUGGCCAGACAAGUAUCCAAGCAGGAAGGAGUGCACAUGGGAAAUCAGCUCCACCCCCGGCCACCGGAUUAAAUUGGCCUUUAGUGAGUUUGAGAUUGAACAGCAUCAAGAAUGUGCUUAUGAUCACUUAGAAGUAUUUGAUGGAGAAACAGAAAAGUCCCCAAUUCUUGGACGACUAUGUGGCAACAAGAUACCAGAUCCCCUUGUGGCUACUGGAAAUAAAAUGUUUGUUCGGUUUAUUUCUGAUGCAUCUGUUCAAAGAAAAGGCUUUCAAGCAACACAUUCUACAGAGUGUGGUGGGCGGUUGAAGGCGGAACCCAAACCCAGAGAGCUAUACUCACACGCACAGUUUGGAGAUAACAACUACCCAGGACAGAUGGACUGUGAGUGGUUGUUAGUGUCAGAACGAGGAGGCUCUCGACUUGAAUUGUCCUUUCAGACCUUUGAAGUGGAAGAAGAAGCUGAUUGUGGCUAUGACUAUGUUGAGCUCUUUGAUAGUCUCGAUUCCACAGCAGUGGGACUUGGUCGAUUCUGUGGAUCUGGGCCACCAGAAGAAAUCUAUUCAAUUGGGGAUGCCAUUUUAAUUCAUUUUCACACGGAUGACACAAUCAACAAGAAAGGAUUUUAUGUAAGAUACAAAAGCAUAAGAUAUCCAGAAACAACACAUACCAAAAAAUAACACCAAAACCUCUGUCAGAAAUAAAGGAUUGUGCACGAUGGA